AUGGCACUGCCAUUCCGUGCCGCCGCUCGCCAUGUCUCGUUGCGCGCGAGCACCACCAGGCCACGCAGGUGCAUCCACACAACUAUCGCCCAACAUGCCACGCCUAUAGCACAUCCUCCAGCGACCGGUCCUCCUCCAGAACCUCCCACUCCAGCUGUCUCUGAGGCUCAAGACCGGGUCGCGCGUAAACUGAAACAAGCUGAGCUGUUGCGCCGGGGCCAGGCUAUCCGUGCCAAUCCUGCAAAGCCAGCAACCGCUCUUCAAAAGAGAUUCUGGAAAGACUCGACGGUCAAAGAGACGCCUGAGGGCUACCAAGUGAUGCUUGAUACAAGGCCAGUCCGAACGGCAUCCAAAGACAUUCUCGUAGUCCCAAGCAACAAACAUGCACUCGCCAUUGCAAUUGCACUGGAAUGGGAUCAGCUCGUCAGCGCUCAGCAAGCGCUGAAGAAUCACUACAUACCCCUGACGUCGCUGACGUCUCGAGCAAUGGACUUAAAGAAGGCUGAUGAGGAUGCGAGUCCAAACCUCCGCAGGGACCUUGUACAGAUGCUGAUGCGCUACUUGAGUACGGAUACUUUGCUAUGUUGGGCUCCCGAGAGGAACAUACAUGAUGCUGUUGGUCUAGAGCAAAGGGGAGGCGUGGAGAGUUUACGACAGCUGCAGAUCCGCACCGCGAAGCCUAUCAUUAGCCAUUUGACCUCGCACGUCUGGCCAGGGGUAGAGAUCCAACCGACGCUGGAUCCAAACAGCAUCAUGCCGCUUCCCCAACCGGAAGCCACCAGGAGCGUUAUCCAAGGGUGGCUGAGUGGGCUUCCAGCAUUCGAACUCGCUGGUCUCGAGCGCGCCGUCCUGGCGACGAAGAGCUUGCUCGUCAGCGCGAGGUUACUGGUUGAAUGGAGCCAGGAGUUUAGUCAUCUGCGGAAAGAUGUUGACAGCCAAAAGCGGUUUGGUAUUGAAGAAGCUGCAGAGGCAUCAACGCUGGAGGUCUCGUGGCAGACAAAGAUGUGGGGCGAGGUAGACGACACCCAUGAUGUUGACAAGGAGGACAUUCGUCGUCAACUAGGCAGCACGAUUCUCUUGGUGAACGGCUCAUCGAAGUCGCCCUGA